AUGCCAUUUUUCAAAAGAAGCAACAAACCUCCUAAACGAAGACUUGAUGCAGGCAAUACAACUUUAAGUAAAUCAAAUUUAAGCUUAGCUGGUACUGGAGAGUUGGCAGAAAGCCAGCUAUUACGAGACCACUUUGAUUUUGACCCGUCCGUGCUCAACGAUAAAGUUCUACCGCUCACCUAACGUCCACUCUGGUUCUCGAAUAUUGGAAAAUUUGUCAAACAUAGUUUCCAUUAACUCAUAUUUGUAUUUUUAAUGGGAGAAAGCUUUUAAGAAACUUUCAAGUACAAUUUCCUUGAAUUAUUUAAGUGGUUAUAAUCACAACUGAUUAGAAAGGACGUGGAGUUAAAUGGAUGAAGCAACGUGAGGUUUUUCAAAUAUUGUGCAUUGUCAACAAUAGUGUUAUAGCUUGAACAUGCUUCUUAUGUAGUUAAACAUUAAUGCACUCAUCGGCCAUCAAGGGGGCAUUUCCACAAUGAUGUUUUCAAAUCCUGCCACCCUAAGAAAUGUACUUCUCCACAUGACACAGGGGGCAGAAGGAUUAUUUGUGACAUUGAUUGCAGUUAAAUGCUACAGUUGAUAGUGCUUAUCACCUUUGUUUACUGUAGAAGCUAAUGUGCACUUGACCAAUCAAACCAUCAUGCGAUCCUCUUGCAACACGGGUUAAAUAUUAUACAAUUCUCUGGAAAACUGCCAAAUGUAAAUGACUGCAGACUAAUAACAGCAAAUAAGAUAUAAUAAGGACACAAGAUAUGAAGGUAAUUUAGGCUAAUUUUCAAUCUGCCACAAACCUGGUGCAGCUAAUCAAAUCAAACCGAACCAAAAAUCAAACAAAUCUGAUUGGUUCAAGGUAAAGUGUUCGAUUUGUAGGAACAUUUGAUUGUGUUUGGAGUUUGAUUAUGCUCAAUCACGGAAGCCAGUGAAAGUCAAAAGUGUAGCCAGCCCAUAGAUCUGUAGGCCCGGGCCUACAAAUUUUUGGUUUGACUACUCUACUGCUUGUUAUAAAUUAUGCAUUGUUGGGAUGAGCUAAAAAGCUUAAGACCUUAAAGUGUUAGUAAGGUCAGUGUGUACUAGUCAUGCGUGCAUUUUUCAGGAUAUGUGUAAAUGAAAAUCCGCCAGGCCCACAACAAGUUGAAAAGCUGCCUAUGCCCCUGAAGGUCAAUCUAACGACUGGCGUGCGAUUGGGUUUAAUUACUGAACAUUUGAUUGACUAUGGCGGGUAUAAAUCAUCAGUAAAAUGGUGCUUCUCUUCCCCUAGGAUCCUACAUUUAAGUGCAAUAAGCGAAUCAGUCGAAUGUUCUGAACCAAAAAUUUGCAGCAAGUGUCAACAAAUCCUGUGCCAUUCCCACAUAUUUUCCUGUGGUUGAGGUCCCAGGAUGGCCGCUGAUGCAUAGUGUAGACCAGUAGAGAGAUGUCUGUUAUCUGCUUUAUGGUUAGACCACACCAAGUAUAUGGUGUAGUUAAUUUUUAAUCUCAGGUAAUUUUUAUUUUUCUUUUGUUUCAACUUCAUUAGCAUACAUUACCAUACCCAAAACCAAACGAAAAACAAAAAUUACCUGGGAUAAAAAAUUAACUACAACAUAUAUAUUUACAGUACAAGGACUUCUUUCAGUCCUCUUUCCUCUCAGUUAUGAUCCAUCAAGUAUUAGAGACCUUCAAGCUUCUAAAAUAAGGCCGACUCGGAGAAUAAGAUUUUCUCAAUACUACAUAAUGCACAUGUGUGAACCAGCGUCAUUUUGGUGGGAAAACAUGUGAGCCAUUAUUAUUUCACUAAGGGUCUUGGGAAAAUGUUGUAGUUACAGAAACAAGUUAUCAAAUGCUAAAAGUCUUGUCAUUUUGCGAGCAGGAGAGGGCUUAACCUCCUUCAAGAAAGAUAACCAUGUUAAACUGUUCGGGUGAAAAAUAGGAAAAUGAUGCUUCCAGGGAGUGUCUAUUAUUUUAGAAUACAGUACACCUUGAUUCAAAGGUCUCUUAUAUCACAGUGCUAGGGCAUUUGAUUAAGCUGCUGGUGGCUCCAAGGUUAUUUUAUUCGUACAUUUUCAAGAAAGAAACAAAACUGAAAGAAGUUCUACUCAUGCUCCAAGUUUAAUUAACAAAUUGAGAACAUUGUUUUUACAAUACAGGUUGUUCUUCUUUUUUGCAGAAGUAGGGUCUCAAAAUAAUUCUAACAAUGGUGCUGAAUAUACACGAUUGCAAAAACAAAACCAGCAGCUCAGAGAGGAAAACAACUUUCUGAAAUACAAAAUUGAAGUUUUGUUAGACAUGGUGAGUCAAAGUUCCAUUAUUAUUAUACGAUCAAACCUUCAUGUAUGGCAACCUCCUAUAAGCAUCGACCACCUACCACAAGGGACCUCUUAUUUCAAAUACGCGGUAACUACUGUUGUAACCUCUCGCAAAUGACCGCCUCUUGUAAGCAACAGCGGCCACCUUUAGUGAUAGACAGUUUUAGAAUUUCCGUUCUUUUGCAAGCUGCAACAAGUAGAAAGUGAAUUAAAAAUUUGUGGGAAUAAUGCUGAAUGUUUGACUUCAUAAGCUUUUAGCUAAAAAUAUGGUGUAUAAAAAACUUAUUUAAGUCUUACUCGCAUGACAUCAGAAAAUGCUCAGCUACGUGUUCUGGGACGAACAUAAUUCAUUUCAUUUAGUGCCGUGAGAUGGGCGAUUGAACAUGAAUAAUUUACAAUGCAUAACUCUUGCUGUUUGUUGUUGUUGUUGUUGUUGUUGUUGUUGUUGUUGUUUGGGCUAAAUUAUUUCACUGGAAACAUGAUUAACUAUCCUCUGCUGUCUCCAAUACUUUUUACAUAAUGGCAAGACCUGUUAUUUGUCAAUGUGAGCCUUAACUGAAUUUUUUCUCCCUCUUUUAUAGAUGGCUGCUAGCACUGCAGACUGUAAUGUCAUGGAAAAAGAACUUGACACCUUGCAAAGUCAGAAACAGGGUCACAGAGUGGCAAGAUAA